AUGCGCGGUGUGUUCGUCUGCAUCGGAGUCUAUAUGUCAUUUGCUCUUCAACUGCCCUUUAGCACAAGAAGUUUGGGAGAGAUCAAAUAUAAAAAUCCCUCGAGGUGGUUUCUCAGAAGUUCGGUUUUCCUCAAUGUUUACCACCUGUUGAUCGUUAAUGGGAAAAAUGGUAAUGAGGUUCUGAAGUGGUCUCCCCCACCUAUUGGUUACUUCAAAUGUAACAUAGGUAUUGCGUGGGAGAGACCAAAUGCGUACAGUGGAGCUGCUUGGAUUUUAAGGGAUCACAAUGGGAAGACUAUCAUGCAUAGUCGUCGUUCAUUCUCUGGGGUUCAGUCCCAGAUGGAAGCAGAGUUACUGGGUUUUAAGUUUGCAGUGGAGAGCAUGAUUUCUACUCAUCAGUGUGGAGUUAUUCUGGAAUCCCAUUAUCAGUUGGUUAGAGAGGCUAUGUUAUUCCCUCAGAGAUACGUUUUGGUUCACGGGCUUGUAGACUCUAUCCAUAUGAUGUUAACGGAUCUUGAUGGUUGGCAAUGUGUUCAUGUGGUGGAGGAGCGGAACAAGCCAGCGUCUGAGAUUGCGCAGAGUGUCAUAAAUGAGAAUCGUCUCUCAUCUUAUAUAGCACGUGGUGGCCCACGCUGGUUGCAGUUGCGUCUUUGUGCGGAGGCUACGUCAACGUGA